GCGUGCUCCGCUUUGCGUGUCUUCCGCGCAUUUCGGUGCUGUUUUUGCUGUUGUUGUUUUCUUGUAACGAACUUUUCAUGAGUCCCGAGUGCCGAACGGAUUAUUUUAGAUUUUAAGUGCAUUUUCCGUCCUUUAGAACCGUAGAUUCAAUUGAAAAAUUAAUGAAAAACCUCUAUUUGAUACUGACGAAAUACCACAGCUUCGAAAAUGAAGACGAUGCGCCAGAAAACUCCCAUCAAGGUCCUACCGAAGGUGACGCCCCUGGCAAGUCGUGGAAAUUCUGGCAACAACUUGCAAAGCGAUCCGGUCCACGUCUAUUGCCGCGUCCGUCCGUUACCCUGCGAAUCCGAUCUGUCCUGUUUGCGGGUCACCGCUCACAAUACGGUCGUUUUGACGCCGCCGGAAAUUGCCAUCAACUAUAAGAUUACGAACCUGAAGGAAACGCAGUACAUUUUUAAGCAUGUCUUCGAGGCUUCCGCUUCCCAGCACGAAGUCUAUUCUUCGGUGGCUCAGCCCCUAGUGGAAGGAUUGGUACGUGGAAGGAAUGGGUUGCUCUUUACCUAUGGGGUCACCGGAAGUGGAAAAACUUACACCAUGACUGGGGACAUUCACCACCGGGGGAUUAUGCCCCGAUGCCUGGAUGCACUAUUCCGGACGAUUGCGGAUUUCCAAGCGAAAAAGUUCGUGUUUAAGCCGGACCGUUUGAAUGGGUUCGAUAUCCUGUCCGAGGCGGAUGCAAUGUUGGAACGCCAGGCGGAAAUGCACUCCAAGAUGAACAAAGCGAAGCGAAAUAAGGAACUGGAUCCGGAGAUUGCCUCGAAAGCGUCGGUGGAACCGUCCGAACUGAGCGGAAUCGACGAGGACAAUAUCUAUUCGGUGUUCAUUACGUACGUGGAGGUGUAUAACAACUGCGUUUACGAUCUGUUGGAAGAGACGACCAUUCAGAAGACACUGCAGAGCAAAAUGGUCCGCGAGGAUGCUAAUCGCAAUAUGUUCGUUCACGGUGUCACGGAGGUCGAGGUCAAAACGAUGGAUGAAGCGCUGGAGGUGUUCCAGUUUGGCCAAAAGCGGAAGCGCGUUGGCCACACGAUUCUUAACGCGGAGUCCAGUCGGUCUCAUUCCGUUUUUACGAUUCGUUUGGUGCAGGCUCCCGUAGACAAUCACGGAGAGCAUGCGGUUCAGGACAGAAAUGCCGUCACGAUCAGUCAGCUUUCGUUGGUGGAUUUGGCGGGCAGUGAGAGGACCAGCAGAACUGGAAACACGGGUCAGAGACUACGUGAGGCCGGUAAUAUCAAUAACAGUUUGAUGACGUUGCGAACGUGUCUGGAGAUUUUGCGGGAGAAUCAAAUGACGGGGAGUUCAAAGAAGGUACCCUACAGAGAUUCAAAGAUUACUCAUCUGUUUAAGAAUUAUUUCGACGGCGAAGGACAAGUUCGGAUGAUCGUUUGCGUCAAUCCGAGAGCGGAAGAUUACGACGAGACGGCGCAGGUUAUGAAGUUCGCAGAGAUGACCCAAGACGUACAAAUAACGCGGCCAACACCGGUCAAGGUUGAUGUUGGCUUGACUCCAGGCCGCCGCAAGGCCAAUCAACUGUUCAAGCUGGCAAUGAACGACAUCGAGAAGCGACACAAUGAGGGUGUCAAAGUUGAUGUUGAUCUUGGGCUCGUCUACAGCUUGGGACCGAACUUCCCAGAAUUGAAGAUGAACGGUCCUGAGGCACAGGAGAUCAUUCGAGAGUUGGUGAAACUGCUGGAGAUGAGAAUCGCCAAACGCCGGUCGUUGUGCGAUGAUUACGAUGCGCGACAGGAUCGAUUCCGAAUGAAUCUGCUGAAGAUUGAAAAGGAAAACGUUGCUCUGAAAGCGGAGAAUUCUUCGAUCAAAGGAGUGCUGAACCAAAGCCGUCAGAAGAUCAAGGCUAUGGAGAACAAGAUUGUGAUCUACGAGAGCUCGAUCGAUGAUCUGAAUCGUCGCAAUCGAACUCUAGAAGAAAGAGUCCGGGAUCUACAAACGCAGCUGAAUCAGAAAACCCAAAUGCUCAAUCAGAAAGAGAUCGAAAAGGAACGCCAACGGAAGAAGUUCACCUCGAAGAUUGCCGUCGAAUCGGAGAAAAUGAGCCGCGAGUUGGAAGUUAAGCUGCAGGAACAGAAGAACAAACUUCGCCAAGAGAUGCGCGAUAAGGACGAACGGCUGAGGCUAGUGUCGGAGAUUAUCAAGGGCGAAACGCCGAUCAAGAAGGUUGCUCGUUCGAACAGCGUGGACGAAUUGGCGACGCCCCUGACCAAUCACGUGACCGGCACUCCCAAUGGGGCACUGCAAACGCCACGUUCCAGAAGGGGAGUUGCUGUGGCCAAUCCCCGUCAUCGUAGGUCCCGUUCUACCGGAGAGCGUUGGCUGGAGCACAGAGCUGCCAAUCCCGUUCCGCUGGGAACCAUCCUUCAGCCUUACUACACCGAUCGGAAAUCGGUAACGAAACUGACGGAUGCUCGGGACGUGACCGGGGCCAAGGCUUCCAAAUACUGUCUCAUUUCGCAGGACGCUGAUACCGAGGGCGAAGUGGAGACCAAAAUCUUCAAAGGAGACGUGGUCCCGACUGUUGGCGGAGGAGCUCAAGUCAUCUUCAACGACGUGGAAUGUCUGAAGCAGUAUUCACCGACAAGGUCGCCCAACAGCCGAAAGCGGUCCAGCAGCAAUCAUGUGACGACAGUUGCCGUUCCGGUGGCCAGCGCCCCGACACUGGCCGAGAUUCAAGUGACGAGCUCCAAGCGUAGCACAGGGAUCGAGGGAGUUGCCGGAAGCGGCGGAAAGAAGCCGAAGCAUUGAUUUUUCUUACUCGAUUUUAAAUAAUUUAGAUAUUCGUUGUACAUAUUGAAGAAAGAAAUUUUGAUUUAUUAUUUUAUUAUUCCUGAAUAUAAAACCGAUAAUUCAACGUA